CUGCUGGUAACUUAUCUCUCCCGUUUGCUGGGAUGCUACUACCUAAACGGAGUGAUUCCAGUUCGGUAACGAGUGGAAGAGUUUUGCUCCCUUUUUUUUCUUCUUUUCUUUAAGACGGCAGCAGAUGUAUCGGCUCCCGCGGGGAAUGUGGAUCGUGAGCCUUCUCGCCUAUUGUACUCCAUACGCCAUGUUACGGCCGCAGUUUCGGCACGUAGUAGAAGAUCAACAAGGGCCAUUGCGAUAUCAGGCGCAGGCAGGUUGCUUUGGGUGGGCCAUGCAGUCGAGAUAGGCCAGAGCAAGGUACUCCGUAGAAGUUCGCGGAAGAGCAGAGGCUUCGAUCAGGGGUCGAUGUGAUUUCACCGUACAUAUGGUACUGCUGCUGCUACAGAAGGACAAUCGGUCAUGCGUCCGUUCAGAAAAUUUCGAAUUGUGCCUCACAGCCUCGCAGUGCAGGACGGCGGUCGGCCCGGUGCAGUUUGGACCUCUGUUGAUGGACGCCACCCUGAUAUCACACUCUCCAUGGCAGACGGCGUUGUGGUUGGCGUGUGUUCAGUUUUCCCUCUCUCGCCCUGGACAGAGACGCGCCGACUUGAUUCCUGACGCGCGGGAUUCCCUCAUCAGUUUGAGAAUGACUGACUCAUUUGUUAUUAUUGUUAUUGUCUGGCAAUUGGCCCAUAUCAGCUUUUGGACCGUCGUGUUCACCGCUGGCUCGUGGUCGGGCAUCUAUGAAUAUGAGGCUUCCUCAGAGUUUGGAAGGCUUUUUAGGGAGGAAGGAUACUCCAUAUUUACCGCUCCGGGCAGCCCUGCGCCUCAUCCGCCUAUCCUAUCCUAACGUAUCCAUUCUUGCCCGGCAGCAUUGCAGCAAGAAUGCAAGAAGAAGGGGGAUCCACGGUGCAGCCCCCGGGACCGUAGUAUGCAGAGUGCAGACAGACAGGAGAUCCUCUAAAGCGCGACGAAAGCAGUGACUAUGUCCAAUGAGUCUCUGCGAUGUUCUCGAGCAAGAUUCUGUCACGGCAGUCCGGGGGGUUGGAUUGAUUAAUCAAUUGGUUCGUUGAUUAUCUGCACAAUGAUCUUGACGGGGAUGAAUAUGGAUCAUGUUCUGUGGGCGUAAUAAAUAAAUUACCAGACUAGACUGACGGUAAUAUUACCAGACGCGAG